UUAAGCACUGCUACAUGAAAUUAAACUAAACAAUGCCUUUAAGCAUUAGAACUCCCCCUACAGCGGACAUGCUGAGUUCACCGCCACAGUUUAAAGUAAAAAUCUUACAUAUCCUUUUUUUGCUGCUUUUUCAGUUGGAACAUCCAAAAGGUUAGGGACGAUUCAGUCAGGAGUAAUCCAACUUUUGCAGAAACAUGUCUGUUCUUGACAGCACGUAGGAGAAAAUUGCAUUCACUCAGGGUACAUCCAGCAGACGACGGUUACCUGUGUCAUUACCUAGCUCUCUGUGCUUGAUAACCAAAGACAGAUCGCCAGAAUGGCGUAUCCAAACUUGACUGUCUCGGCCAAUCACAGCUCAGGUUCUGGCAACUUCUACAGGCCCUUCUCGGUGUUCAGUGUGCUGACAUUGACUCUGCUUGCCAUGCUGGUCAUCGCCACAUUUGUGUGGAACGUGCUGGUGCUGGUGACUAUUCUCAGAGUGAGAACAUUCCACCGCGUGCCUCACAACCUGGUGGCAUCCAUGGCCAUCUCAGACGUGAUGGUGGCAGCGUUGGUGAUGCCCCUCAGCCUGGUGCACGAGCUGAACGGCAGGCGGUGGAAGCUGGGCCGCGUGCUCUGCCAGGUGUGGAUCUCCUUCGAUGUUCUCUGCUGCACCGCCAGCAUCUGGAACGUCACCGCCAUUGCCCUGGACCGCUACUGGUCCAUCACCAGGCACCUGGAGUACACGCUCAAGACACGAAAGAGGAUCUCUAACGUGAUGAUCGUCCUGACCUGGCUCCUGUCCUCGGUCAUCUCCCUGUCCCCGCUCUUCGGCUGGGGUGAGACGUACUCAGAGGAGCACAUGGAGUGCCAGGUCAGCCAGGAGCCCUCCUACACCAUCUUCUCCACGUUUGGCGCCUUCUAUCUGCCUCUGUGCGUCGUGCUGUUUGUCUACUGGAAGAUCUACAAGGCUGCCAAGUUCCGUAUCGGAUCCCGGAAGACAAACACCAUCACACCCAUGGCUGAAGUUAUUGAGGUGAAGGAGGCGGCUCACCAGCCCCAGAUCGUGUUCACGGUGCGCCACGCCACCGUCACGUUCCAGACGGACGGAGACACGUGGAGGGAGCAGAAGGAGAAGAAGGCGGCGCUGAUGGUGGGGAUCCUCAUCGGGGUCUUCGUCCUGUGCUGGAUCCCCUUCUUCAUCACCGAGCUCAUCAAUCCCCUCUGCUCCUGCGACAUCCCCCCCAUAUGGAAGAGCAUCUUCCUGUGGCUGGGCUACUCCAACUCCUUCUUCAACCCGCUUAUAUACACCGCCUUCAACAAGAACUACAACAAUGCCUUCAGGAACUUGUUCUCUCGUCAGCGCUGAGGUGCUGGAGAUGAGCGACGGACAUUUCAGGGACACUGUAGAUACGGCAUCCUGCAUGGGUCAAAAGGGACCUGUAGCCCUCUUCUUUUCUCACACCACCUUUGUAAAUGUGGUCCUUAUAAACUGGGAAACCGAUACAGACAGGCCUGAAGAAUUGUAUGUAGAUUGUAAAUGAAAAAUUAACUGAUUUCAGCAAUGGACUGUCUGCACUGUAAAUAAUGGUGUACAGUAUAGUUUGUUUCUAAUUUACACUUAGUUUGUUUCUAUGGAUUGUAUGGGAAAAAUAUACAGUAGUGAUUGUCGCAAAACCCAAAGGAUAAAUUGUAAGGUGCUGAUAUGUUUUCAAAGAGGGAAAGGGAGGAGUUCUGCUGCUGUGGUGGGAAAGAGCUUUUUCAGCUUUUUGAUCAUUGUGUGAUUGCAUGUUGAACUUUUCACUGAGUGAAUGUUGCGCUCAAUACGAAGCAUGCUGUUUGUUAAAUGAACCAUCAAACCUGUUUUUAAAAAUAGAUUCUAAAAUAGAAUAGAUUAAAAACACAAAUGCCUGUGAUAAUCUCUCUCUCUCUCUCUCUCUCUGUCUGCCUUAGGGCAAUCAUUAUUCACUUACAGUACAUGUCCUCCACAAAAACCUGCACUUCUCAGUCAGUUACCACACUAAGUCUAGAAAGAAAGGAGCAGUGCUGUCUCUUCAGAAUAGCAUCUCCCAGACAGAGGUAGAAUUUCUAAUAUCAGUGCAGUUCUGGUUCUACUGAGUGCUAUCAAAUAUGAAUAUCAAAGUUCUCUCUCCCUCCCUCUACCUCUCUCACUCUCUCUCUCAAAUGAGGACUACCUUUCCAUUUAAGAUGUCACUCUCCUCUCCCAUAGUAAGGUAAGCAAUCCAUCUGUCUUUGUGAGCGGCUGCAUCCCGUUGAUGACGGGCUGCAGACUGACAAGCCAUUCCAUAUGUAAUGCUGGCUACUCACAGGCAUUAGAAUUUCCAUAUUUCAACCAAAGGAAAGCUUCACAACUAUUAUUGGCUACUAGUUGUACAGAAUCUAAUGAAAUCAUGUUUAUUCAAGACUUUUAUUUAUUUUUAUUUUAGUUUUUUACAUACAUAGUAUCUUUUAAAUAAAUGACAUUCCUAAACAUCAUUAAUAUGCCCAAGUUUUUGAUGUUAGUGAUGUUCUUUUUUUCAAAUUGGGGAAUUAAAUUGAUUUCUCAGACACACUUCCCACCUCUGUCUUGACAUUGUAAAUGCACAAGCCAAACCCUUGCUUUUAAAUGCACAAGCCGAACCACUUAAAAUAUAAGUGGUUCUGUCACUUAUAUAAAAAUAUAAGUGACAGAAGGACACGUCUGGAAAUCUUUUGGCUCAGUUGUAGUGUUUUGGGACACUCAUCGACUUAGUACCUCAGAAAACGUUGCCAUCUGGUCUGUUCUUGGCGGUUGAUUGAUGACUAUGAGUGAAUGUUUAAGCUAGAGACAGAAAGCAUGCAUGCAGAAGAGGAAAGAAGCAUCC